AUGGACUCUCCCUCUUCCUCCGGCAUCGAGACACCAUCCUCUUCUGCCAUCGAGACAUCAUCUUCUUCCAGCAUCGAGGAACUGUCUUCCGCCGCGAUCGAGGUCCCAUCUUCCGAUGACUUGCCUGUCGUCGUCAGCUUUUCCGUUCAACUCGAAGCGUCGGGUAUACAGCCCACCGCAGAAACAACAUCCGGAGCGAAGAAGAAAAAGAGCAAUCAGAAGACUGGUCCUCGCCAUUGGAAGCUGCACCAUUAUCCAGUAGGGGUUUUUCGCACUUUUGGAAGGCCAAAGAACAAGAAGAACUAUGUCUGUGGCACUUGCCUCGGGGACGUCAAACGUUUCCGCUUCCCCUGUAACAACUGCGGGACACACUUUUGCUCCCUGAAGUGUUUCAACGGCCACCACGACCACAAUAACAUCCCGAUGUGCUUUUGGGUACGCAGGCCAAGUCUACUUCAUGACACGCCUCCCAACCAAAGUUAUCGCGCAAUCGUUGUCGGCUGCAACGGCCGCUAUAAAUACAUCUGGCUCAAGGCAUCUUUUGACAAGGUAGAUGGGAUUCUGUCCUUCGAGACGGACUGCGAAGAAAUUAUCAGCUACGUCGACGAGUUCGAGCAACCGAGGAUUCGCUGUCUGAACAUCAACACGUGCCCAGAAGCCGCAGGAAAACUCGCUUACGGCCUCGACGUCAUCACUUUCAACUCCAACGAAACUCAAGCCCGGCAAAGCAGAUGGAUCAACCAAACCUCUGCUCGGGUGGAUCCAGCCGGAGCUGGAAAUGUUUGCCCCGUCUCCGGCCCAGCCAUCAUCUUCGCCUACGAUGUUGUCAAAGAUAAGGAGUCGGCGGAUGAAAAGACGUUUGGAGCCUUCAUAGCCGGUCGUCAUGCCACGUUCAAGGAGAUUCAACCUUUCGCCGAGCUCCUUUUCUUUUACGAAGGUCGCCCUGGGUGGUCCAGCGGAACGUCGAUUACUUUGCAUGCCCUCAAAGUCAGCGACACAAGUCAUGACUUGAUGCAAUCUCUUGGCGUGGGGUCGCAAUUCGAAGAAAUCUUUGCGCACGCAAAUGUACUGGUUUUCUUUGUAAGGCCUCGAUACCCUCUCUUCAGAGCUUUCUGUCUUGGACUGCGGUGGUACAUUCGAAGCAGUCAACCAUUCCACCAAUCCGAGAGGGUCCAAUACUCCAAUGAGUACGGGGACCUCUUCGAGACUUUCGAAUACACAAUUCACGACUCAAGCCCAGUCCAGCUUAGGCGCUUCAAAAAGACCGGAAGCUUUCAAAUCUUCCAAGUCAAUGGAGGAAACGUCAAACCACAUCACGUGAGGGCAAUGAGCCAGUAUUUCUCAACAAUUCGCGGCACUGGCGAACGAGCUUCCGAAAACGGCUUCCGUAAGUACUGGGAACAGUACAAGAAAGAGCGCAAAGGGACGGAUAUUAACAGCAUCGACUCUCCAUACGACCUUGAAAAAGAUGACUGUGGAUUCGAUCCAGAUUCCGUCAAGACACGCAAAAAUAUGCAAGAGGUCGCCAAAUUCGUUACCGUUUGGAUAGCUGAAAGCAACAAGAACAACUGGGAUGAAACGGAGCUGCAGUACGUUUCCGACAAGAUGGGUUCGUUGACAUCAUUCGCGCCAGGCUUAGGCUUGCCAAGAGAUAGACAUGCCUUCAUUCGAGAUUACUAUGAAGUGCGACGAAUUUGUGCAGACAAUUGGGUCCGGCUGCUUGUACAGGAUUAA